AUGCUGCUUCAUCGACGCUUUGUCUCUAUUCAUCUUCUGGCCGCUCUCAGUGGAUUAGUGAGCGGUCAAUCCAACCAUGGGGCCAACUCAACCUGUCAAGCGAUUGCAAAGGCAAUAUCGCCGCUGUCGGAGGUCUUUUACCCAGGAGCAUCCCAAUACAGCGCAGACAUCAAGCAUUGGGUUGAAUCGAGUACUCAACAGGCAACUUGCUCUGUUGAGCCCGGAAGUGUUCAAGACGUUUCGACAAUCCUCAAAAUUCUGGGUUCCACUCGAACACCAUUUGCAGUCAAGGGGGGUGGUCAUUCCUUCAAUCUAGGGUUUUCGUCUACAACUGGCGUCCAAAUCGCCAUGACUCGAUUCUCAAACGUGACUUUGAACAAAAACGAACAAACUGCAGAGAUAGGCCCAGGCAUGAUUUGGCACGAUGUGUAUGAGCAGUUGGCGCCAUUCAAUGUUACAGUUGUUGGUGGAAGGGUUCCAGCUGUUGGUGUCGCUGGGUUUACACUGGGAGGAGGACUUUCCUACACGUCCAGUCAGCAUGGGCUGGCAAUAGAUACUGUGCAAGCCUUCGAGCUAGUGCUGCCGAAUGGGACUAUUACUACGGUAACAGCCGAUAACAAGGACCUUUUCUUCGGAUUGAAGGGUGGAUUCAAUAAUUUUGGUAUUGUGACCAAAUUCACAUUCAAAACAUUUCCGCAAGGCGAGAUCUGGGCAGCCAAUGUUGUUGUUCCAGAACAAGGGCUGGGCGUUUUGAACACCGCCGUCGCCAAUUUUGCGGCGAACAACACAGAUCCGAAGGUAGCGCUGAACGUCGAGUAUAGCUAUGCAUCAGGAGUACUGUCAGCGACUGCUGUAAUUUUCUAUGAUGCGCCGACGCCACCUCCGGGCUUGUUUGACGCACUGCUCUCAAUCCCUGGAAGCACUGUGAAUGCAUCUUCGACGGCCUUCUUUCCUUUUGUUUCUGGUAUUCUUAACAAUUUUGGCGGAAGUCGCAUAUCCCUCGGCGAUGCGCCAGUGGCAGCCUUCUCACCUGCAGUCCUAAAUGCUAUAGUGAACGAAACAUCUUUCUGGGGACAAACUCUGACGCCUCACUCUGCAUCCCUCAUCAUGCAUGUCGUGGAGAUCUUCCUUCCCACGUAUUUCUCCCACGGCGCAGCAUCUGCCUAUCCUCCCAACCGGUCCGCCUUCAGCGAGCCUAUCGAUUUGUACUUUGCGUGGAAUGAUCCGCAGGCUGACGACAUUAUGCAUGACGCGGUUGUACAAAGUCAAAAGCAGUUGAAGAUCGCGGCUAUUGCAGACGGUCAGAAAGUCGCAGAUGCACCGCUUUAUCCCAACUACGCACCUUUUGAUACGCCUUUGGAGUUGCUGUACGGAAGCAACGUGAACAGGCUACGGGGGAUCAAGAGGACUAUCGAUCCGUACAAUGUCAUGGGGCUAGCUGGGGGGUUCAAGUUCUGAACGCUGCUGUAUAGACGACACUAGUCUCUGCUAUUUACUACCAUACAUUUUAAUCAUGAAAGGCUCGCCAAUAGGAUGGCCUGACCAUAAUCAUAGUGAUAUUUGUACUUGUCGAGGUCGGUAUUCUGGAUAGAUUUCUAUACAAUCAAGAUGAAGCAUUGUGCCC